AUGUCGAUUACUACGCGCGCUGCUCUCUCAGCAGCCCUGCUGGCAACUUUCGUCGCGCUUCUCGCUCCUCCCCGGCCAUUCGCCGCCGCGCAAUCCGCGUUUCUCAUAGCGAAAGCGAAGACGCUGCGCGCCGUUGCGGACCAAACGGCGGCGAACCUGACGGCGGCGCAAGCGGACGCCGCCAGAUGCGCUGACGAAGUAGCCAACGCCACGCAAGCGCUGGCCGACCUGCUGGCCCCCGAUACGGUGCUGUCCGACCGCAUUUCAAGCAUCGCCGAUAUGAAUGUCAGUCUCGCCAACGCACAGAACGAACUCAAUAUCGCGAACAAGACCCUCGCUCAACGAAUCGCGGACCUCAAGGCGUACAAUGACGAUCCGUCGAGCUUCCCGCAAAUUCCGGCGGCGCAGAAGGCGGUGGAAGACGCGACUCGGCGCGCGAACACAACGUCUGCGAUGGUAGCGAAGUGGCAGAGCAUCAAGCAGGACGCUGUGCAGGCCGUGGCAGACGCGGAAAGAGCGGUCGCAAUGAACCCGAAUUCGACGGCGGCGCAGGUGGUGCUCUCGGGCGCGCAGGCGUCGCUGCAAAAUGCGGCGGAGACGUAUGCGGACAUGGUGGCGCAAGAUCAGCGCGCGCAGGCGCGGCUCGCGCGCGCGCAGCAGGACCUGAAUGCUCUCCAGCAGAACCCGCCUCUGGUCGACGUGAACGUUUUCCCGAAGGCCGUGGACGACGCGCGAGCCGCGGUUUCCGUCGCACGCCAGGUGUACGACAGCAUAGUUGCGACCAUCACUGACGCGCAGAAUGCGUUGAAUCAGUACAAGGCGGCGAAGGCGAAGGCGAUUGCUGACGCGAAGACGCGUUUGGCGAAGGCGAAGCAGAGCCAGGCUGUCGCAGACAAGAAGGUGCUUCAGCUCACGGAUAAGCUCAAGGUCGCGCAGGCACAAGCUGACAACGCGGAAAUAGCUGCGGGAAUCAUCAAACCUGCUCCUGCAAUGAGCAAGACUGCUGUGAAACGCAAGUACAAGAAGCACUAA